AACGCAUCUGACAUCAACUAUUCAGCUGGCCGCUAUAACCCUUCAGUUAAAACCCCUUUUGACAUAGGCUUCGAAGGUAUCGGUGAGGUGGUAGCCUUAGGCCUCUCUGCUAGUGCCAGAUACACAGUCGGCCAAGCUGUGGCUUACAUGGCACCUGGUUCUUUUGCUGAGUACACAGUUGUGCCUGCCAACAUUGCAACUCCAGUGCCUUCCGUGAAACCCGAGUAUCUCACCCUGCUGGUAAGUGGCACCACCGCUUACAUCAGCCUGAAAGAGUUGGGAGAACUGUCUGAAGGGAAAAAAGUUUUGGUGACAGCAGCAGCUGGAGGAACAGGCCAGUUUGCUGUGCAGCUUGCAAAGAGGGCCAAGUGCCAUGUCAUUGGAACCUGCUCUUCUGAUGAAAAGUCUGCUUUUCUGAAAUCUGUUGGCUGUGAUCGUCCUAUCAACUAUAAGACUGAGACUGUUGGUACUGUCCUUAAGCAGGAGUUCCCCGAAGGUGUCGAUGUGGUCUAUGAAUCUGUUGGGGGAGCCAUGUUUGACUUGGCUGUAGAUGCCUUGGCUACCAAAGGGCGCUUGAUAGUCAUUGGGUUUGUCUCUGGCUACCAAACUCCUACUGGCCUUUCACCUGUGAAAGCAGGAACAUUGCCAGCGAAACUGCUGAAGAAAUCUGCCAGCGUCCAGGGCUUCUUCCUGAACCAUUACCUCUCUGAGUACCAAGCAGCCAUGGACCACUUGCUCAAGAUGUGUGCAAGUGGAGACCUGGUGUGUGAGGUGGACCUUGGAGAUCUGUCUCCAGAGGGCAGGUUCACUGGCCUGGAGUCUGUAUUCCGUGCUGUUGAUUAUAUGUACAUGGGAAAAAACACUGGAAAAAUUGUAGUCGAACUACCUCACUCUGUCAACAGUAAGCUGUAAAAACAGAACAAUGACAUCAAUCAAAGGAGAAGAAAAUGGGUGCUCUAUGCCUUAGAAUUACUCAAAUCAAUUUAUUUUUAGUUGGUAAUGGAUGUAAUAUUUCUUAAAACAAAAGUGAGGUGUUAAUGAAUAGGUUUC